UCUAGAUCAUAUUCGUUUGAUACAUUAUCAACAACCCUCUUACGCGUCUCCGCAAAUAGUUGCGCCGUUUGUGUCGUAAACCGUUCAAAACAACCGAAAUCGCGGCUCGAGUGAGGGAAGAGAGAGUACUCACCUGUGUGAAACAACUGGAAUUUGUAAAUGAGCUACUUCUAUUGACCCCAGCAAGCCGACUCACAAAGCGAUUCCGACCAGAAAGUUAACAACAUUGGCUGUCGUCCUUUGCCUCAAAAUGGAUAAUUUAAACAACAUAUUCAACAGUGAAAGUGAAAACGGUUAAAGCUAAACAGGAUAUGAAUUUUAAAAUGAAAUAUUGACGAUUUACUAAGCCAAAACUUUGCAAAAGUGAACUAUUCUUGCGGGUGUUUCAAAGUGAAAAGUAAAGCAAAAGUUGACCAACAAAAAUAUCAAAUUUGGGAAAUACUGUAAACAAACAAGUACUUGAUUCGCGUCGCCUCCUAGCAACCAUGGAUAAGCGGCUCAGCGACCGUCCCGGAGACUGUCGCGUCACCAGGUCCAGCGUGACCUCCGCCCUGCGCUUGGAGCGCAGUCCCAAGCAGCACGCCGAGCAGGAAACCCCUCCCAAGCCAGUGCUAGACACUGCUUCUGCCGCCACAGCAAAGUCCAAGUCCCCCACGCCGGUCACCGGAAAAUCCCAGGCGGCGCAGCACCACCAGUUCCGCGCCCCGCAGCAGCAGCAGGGACCCAAGAACAGGAACAAGGCCUGGGGCAAGCGCCAGAACAAGGCCGCGGGCAAGCACAACACCGGCGGCACCAGCUCGCAGGCCCAACCGGCUGGGUCCACUGCCCAAGGCACGCCCCUGCUGCCCGCUUCGACGGCAGCCGCCCACAAGGCCGACCUCGAGAAUAUCCAGAACAUCCAGAACAAGAACCAAACGGCGGCCGGCGGUGGCAACCACCAUGGCAGCUCGGGAUCGACCCACCACGGCGGCGGUGGCGGCGCCCAUCAUGGCGGAGCUGGUGGCGGCGGCGGAGGACAUCAUCACCACCACAAUACACGGUUGGCACAGAACUCUGCGGCCGGUGGAGCUGGCGGAGGAGGUGCCAUGCUCUACAAGAAGAUGCUGUCCCACAGGAGUCACCACCACCACGUGCUCUGCGCGGGCAACAAUGCGAACCACACAUGCUGCUUGGUCACAGGAUGCAACGGCAGCUCCGCCGGCGGAGUGGGCGUGUCCGGGGGCGGCGUAGCCGGAGGUGUGGGAACUGGCGGAGGUGCAUCCUGCAAGGACGCCGUGAGCGCCAAGGACACCAGCUCGCUGAGCGGCAGCAGCAGUAUCGCCGGCAGCGCCGCGGCGGCGGCGGCAGCCAACGCAGUGCACUACUGCUGCGGAAGGUCGAAGUUUUUCCUGCCGGAGAAACGGCUGCGCAAGGAGGUGAUCGUGCCGCCCACCAAGUUCCUCCUGGGCGGCAACAUCUCCGACCCGCUGAACCUCAACUCGCUGCAGCACGAGAACACGUCGAACGCCUCCAGCAGCAACAACACGCCGGCCACCACGCCCCGGCAGUCGCCCAUCACCACGCCCCCCAAGGUGGAGGUGAUCAUCCCGCCCAACAUCCACGACCCGCUGCACCUUCUGGACCCGGUCGACUCCAUGGAGUACGAGAAGCAACUGACCUCGCCGAUGAAGCGCGGCGGGGGGAUGGCGAAGCUGCCCCAGCAGCUCCAGCUGCCGCUGCACCACCGACAGCACCACCACCGCGCUCGCAAGAACCGCAAGCGAAGGCGAUUCGACUCCAACAACACCUCGCACGCGGGCGACGAGGCCGGAGUGGGCGGCGGUGGGGAGUACCCCGAGGAAACGCUGCCCGCCACAACGAGCACGUCCUCGCUGGCGGCGUCGCCGGUGGCUGCCCUUUCGCACGGCGGCAGCGGCGCUAGCGGCGGCAGUCUGCUCCUCAGCGAAGCCGCUGCUCCGGCUGCCGGCGAGACGGCGGAAUCGGGCCGGCAGCAGGCGCAUGUGCGCUCUCCGCAGGCAGCGACCACGACUACAGCAGAGAUGCCAACGUCAACAACAACGCCGACGCCGGCAGAAGUGGUGAAGGAUAUGGACUCCGUUGAGACGGUCGAGAAGCCAGCUGCUACGUCGUCGCCGCAGCACCCGCAACAUGUGGCUCCAGAGUCGAAGGACACGGGCUCCACAGCGGCAGAGCCGCCUACCGAGCUGCUGCUGAGCUACUCGACGCCGUCGGCGACGCUGGCAGUGGCAUCGACGCUAGCCGAGCGCCGGGCGCAGGCAAGUCGUGAUUUGCGCCUGGACUUGUCCAGCACGUGCUACGGAGUCGGCGGCACGGGGCUGAGCUUCGCCAGCAGCACCGUCGCCAGCGUCGGCAGCGCAGGAGGUGGGAACAGAAAGAGAAAAAUCAGUGAGAGCAACAAUUCGCAAAAGAGCAAGAAAUUUCAUCGCCACGAUGCUAUGGACAAAAUCGUCAGCCCAGUGGUUCCGCAACCAGGAGCUUGGAAACGGCCGCCGCGGAUCCUGCAACCGAGUGGAGCCAGGAAGCCCAACACACGGCGCUCAACCUCGUUCAGCGAGACGGAGCUCCUCAGCCCCGUGGAGGAACUACCGCCCAAGCCGUUGCCUCUCAUCGAAGUUGAAAUACCCCGUGAUGAUACGCCAGACUUGCCGGAGCAAAGUGUGGGAAGUCCCAUGAGCACAACCUCGGCUGCCACCUCGCACACGGCCGGCGAACAGGAUUCGCUGGCCGGGGCGGAGACUACCACGGCGGCCGAUGUCUCAGCGGGAGAAUCUGCCCAAAAGCCUGCGGCCAGCAGCAGCUUGAUGCUGAAGCCAGUUCUGAUUCCCCCACUCAACCAUCUGCCCAAGUUCCGAGCCGAUGGCCUGAAGUACCGAUAUGGCAACUUUGACCGCUACGUAGACUUCCGUCAGAUGAACGAGUUCCGGGAUGUCAGGCUGCAGGUCUUCCAGAGGCACGUGGAGCUGUUCCAGAACAAGGACAUCCUGGAUAUUGGCUGCAACGUCGGGCACAUGACCAUUACGGUGGCAAGACACCUGGCGCCGAAAACGAUAAUGGGAAUAGACAUCGAUCGGGAGCUGGUAGCGCGGGCCAGACGGAAUCUCUCGAUCUUUGUGCGAAUUCCCAUAGAAGAGAAACCACCUGAGGUGAAGGUGGAAGCAUCAACGCAAGAAAAGCCAGAUGAAGGCGCCGCGUCGAAAGCAGCCCACAAGAAAACCCGACGCGGAAAGAAGCGACGAACAGCACAGCAGCCCCUCCACCCACAUCCACAUCCGCAUCAUCCCCAUCACCAUCAUCACAGCCAUCACCACCACCAGCAGCAUGUGGAGCAGUUGCAGCAGCAGGAGAGGCUGGACGCCCUGCUUGUCAAGCCACACGAAUUUUUCCCGAUCUCCUUCCCACUGACCUACGGUGGGAUUCCGCACUUGCCUUCCUCGGGAAAGUCGCCCAACACAGCCAGCAAGAAUCAGUUCCCGGCGAAUGUCUUCUUCAGACACACCAACUAUGUGCUCAAGGACGAGUCAUUGAUGGCCAAUGACUCGCAACAGUAUGAUCUCAUUCUGUGUCUGUCGGUGACCAAGUGGAUUCACCUCAAUUUCGGAGAUGCUGGCUUGAAGACGGCUUUCAAGCGAAUGUUUAAUCAGCUGCGUCCCGGGGGAAAGCUGAUACUGGAGGCACAGAACUGGGCCAGUUAUAAGAAAAAGAAGAACCUCACGCCCGAGAUCUACAACAACUACAAGCAGAUCGAGUUCUUUCCCAACAAGUUCCACGAGUACUUGUUGAGCUCGGAGGUGGGAUUCAGCCACAGCUACACGCUCGGGGUGCCCAGGCACAUGAACAAGGGCUUCUGCCGUCCCAUCCAGCUCUACGCCAAAGGGGACUAUACGCCAAACCACGUGCGAUGGAGCGAUGCCUACUAUCCGCAGACUCCAUAUGAGGCGUACCGCGGAAUCUACGCCACCCAUCCCGCCAACCGGAUGGGCGGCGGCGGUAGCAGCGUCGGGGGCAGCCACAGCGGACAUGCCCAGCUGCUGCAUAUGAGCAGCUCCAGCCGGUCACAGAACUACGACACACCCCACUACGCCGGCAGCGCAUCGGGAUCGGCCAGCUGCCGCCAAACACCAAUGUACCAGCCCACCUACAACCCGCUGGAGACGGACUCGUACCAGCCCAGCUACGACAUGGAGUAUCUAAACCACAUGUAUGUCUUUGCUUCGCCGCUCUACCAGACUGUGUGGUCGCCGCCGGCCUCCCUGCGAAAGAGCAGUUCACACACUCCGGUUUUCGGAAGUGUUCGGGACGCGGAGCUGGACGGCGAUGGUAGCAUCGGGGGCGGAGGCAGUGGUGGGGGCAGCUACCACCGGCAUGUUUACCCGCCCAACGACGACACCUGCUCGCCGAACGCGAAUGCGUGCAACGCUUUCAACUCGAUUCGCGACGCGGACACCGACGAUUCCAACCAGCUCCCAGGAGGCAGCAAGCGGCACGUGUACGCCACCAACUGCGGGGAGAGCUCGUCGUCGCCGCAAGUGAACCACCACGAGGCCGCCGGCGAGUUUGUGGACGCUCUGAUGGACGACGAGCAGAAGUCCUCGACUGGCGGUGGGUCGGGCGGUGCCUACUGUGAUCUACCAGAUGCCUAGAAGGAACGUGCGGUAGAGAUUAAAACAAAAAAUGUGUCAAAAUGAAGAACAGAAAAAGAAAACUGAAAAAUCCAUAAAAAAAAGGAAAAACUUAGAAAGAUGCAAGGUUUGCGAAUAGAAAAAAAAUGAAAUGUAACUGUAAACGAGGCGCUUAUGAUUUUCUAUAGUAUAAUGUGCGUAUAUAUUUUUAUAUAUUGUAGUUUAAUGGAAUAAUCAUAUAUACAAGUAUAUAGUAGAGAUAAAUAUAUAUGCAAUAUGAACAGAAGUACGUGUAUUGUAACCUUUACAUAUGUAGCCUAGGCUAAGCCCUUUUGCUAGAACGCUUUGUGGCGAGUGUUUGAUUUGUCACUGUCGGCAGUUAAUCGUAACCCUAGUUUAACACCCACUGUAAGCAAUACAUGCCACACACCACACGAACACACACGGUACACACACGCACACCCACCAACACACAACUCACUCAUGCAACAAGAGCGGUAGCUUUAAUGAAUUAAUUAAAUAGUGCUAUAGAAAUAUUUAGGAGACAUGAACGGAUUCCCAUGGAAAUUCAAAUAUUUUUGAUUAACCUUUUGGCAAGCGAAUAAGAUUAAAAAUAAGCACUGCGAGCGAGUGUGAGAACAAAAUUAAAUCAAGUUUAUGACAGAGCAAGGAUGAUUAAUACGUUGUAGGUUUAUUUAAGUUUGCUAAACAAAAUUUGUUUCAGUUUGAAGAGUAGGGUGCGAAAUAUAUGAGUAGUAGGCUUAUCCUUCGGUCAUUAGCGAAAGCGAUUUAUCUCCUCCCUACCCACCUUUGAGAGGCAAGCCGGAGGCGCGUGUUUAUCUCCAAUAUGUUUUUGAAACAUUUGUAUGGAAUAUUUAAUUUUUUCUGAGAAAAUGAAAAGUAAUAUAGAAAAUUAAAAGAU